AUGGAGGAAGAGAAAGAAGCGUUUCAAAAUAGGGCCGGAUCUGCGGCGACGCAGUCGGACAGCGGGUGCUCUGCCUCUUCACACGCGGGAGCGAAUGCAGCGGGGACGCCGAUGGCGGCAGAAAAUUCCACGCCGUCUCUACAACCUUUGCAAAAACGGAAGUUGGAGAAGCUUCACGUUUUACCAAUUGGCCAUAAGGCAGCUGACCGUGAAGUGUUUGCCGUUCUAAAGAAGAUGAUGGCCGACGACGUUCUACUGCAGCAGUAUUUGGCCUUUGAAGUGCCAGUAAGAGGGACGGAAUCUCCAGGGGAACUGGAGAUGGAAGAACCCUCCAGAGCGGAGACUUCGACGGGUAAUGAGGCGAACACUUUGUCCUCAUGCACGUAUAUCGUCGUAGAUUGCUGUCCACGGUCGGGAUACGUUGGCACAGACACGCUGGUUUUUCUUGCCGGGAAACCCCUACAGCCGCUUCGUCGAGUUCAGCUGCUUGCGCUCGUGCAUCCGAAUUCGUCGUAUGCACACCGCGCCGGUAUCCAUACGUAUCAGCAACUCUUCGAGCAAGCGCCGUCGUUUCCGUCUCUGGACCGCCAAGAGCCUUAUGUCGAAGACUCUGCCGCUGUAUAUACACUUUCGUCCGUGAAUCUGCCUUCCACGGUAGCUUCAACACGGUCCGGUCACCUUUUGUCGCCUUUCACACCUGCGUUUCUUACCGGCCGUCAAGCGGGCCCCGAUGAGGAGUUUCCAUUUGGUUUUACGGACAUCAUUGAAGACCUCGAGAGCGCCAGCAGUAACACCAGCACAAGCGACGAUGAAACCGGAGGUCUCGGAGCGGCCCCGCCAGGUGCUCGUUUCCGAGGUCCAGACGACUGUGGGCGGCGCGGCUUCUCGCUGCAGGGGCCGACCGUCCCACGUCUUGCUUCGCGCGGAGACGUCACGGAGGUUGGAGAAGGCGACUCCAGCGACUGUUCCGGAGUGACCACAAACGGUCGUCCGGAAAGUUUCGAAAGCCAGCAGUCUGCUGCAAGCUCGAGCACCCGAGCCACGGAAGGGCGGCGUGGGAGUCGAGGCAGCGGGGACAGUCGGAGAGGGCCCGAGAUCCGUGGCUUCUCUGCCGGGUGUUCUUCCGCGGAAGCCCCUCCGAGCCAGAACGGAGAGGACCGUCCCUGUCCAGCAGGCUCAAACACCGAGGAACAAACCAGACAGUCCGUUCCUGUUGUCGCCUCCGAGGGCGACACCAGUCUUAGCAGGCGUGCAUCUGCUGCUGAACGGCGUCGUCUCCAGCGCCGGCGGCUCCAGCAUUCGCAAUUUUUUGAGGCAGAGCCGUCGGCGGGAAACCGCAGACGGGGCCGGCUGCCUGGCACGAUUCGCGUUCGACUUAGAGAACGGAUGUCGGCGGUCCAUGCUGGAGGACUUGGAAGCGGUGUUUGUCGCUCGGGGAAGAGGCUUGACAGACUGGAUCCCGAGACUCUUUUUCGCGAAUUUGUCGGGCCAUAUCUUAGUUCGCGCAUGUAUGGCCGCCGCGGUCGCACGAGGUCGACAAUUGUUUUGUAUCCUGGGAAGAAACUUGUUGUUGGAGACCUCACCUUCGUUGUGUGGGCAACAGAUCCGCGAAACAGCCCCGGAUUCGUGGAUGAGAACACGUCAAUCUACAUUUCUUUGGACCCAUACGGCGAAUUCAAGCGCGUCCACUUCGUGCCGUUCUCCGACACACUCCCGACAACGUAUCGUUUCGACUUUUAUGACGACUACCUGAAACCGUUUCUUCUGGAAAACACGUGGAGAAACUUUACUCGUGGGGACGUUUAUUCCUACAGGGGCGUUGAGUUCAAGCUCAUUGCGACGGAGCCGGUGUCCUCUACGAUCGCUCGAGUCGGGCCGGAGACAACCGUUUACUAUCAAGGGACAGUGGAGCCUACCAUUAUGGACCUGUUACCGCCGGACAUCCUCCACCGCAUUCGACGGCUUCCCGUGCGUUUGCAGCCGUUCGCUGUAGUUUCUGCAGCUCAGGCUUUGGAUCCUCAAGUUCUGAUGCGCGUAAUCCCCGCAGCAUCGAUUCGUGGGCCUCGCCAAGGAAUCAACGAGCAGAUGGUGGAAGUCCUUCGCGACCGACUUGUCCACCCUUUCUCAUUUGUCGCUUACCUCCGCGCAUUUCGAGAUUUGUGUGAGCGGAAACUGCCUUCGGAGGCUAAACGAGAAGAAAGCCAACAACGCCACCCCGAUGUUCCGGCAGAUUCACCGAAGCGCCAAGAUGGAAUGGACAGCAGAAUGCAGGACAAUGGUCCACAGGAGUCUUCUGCUGGAGUUACCAAUAUCAGCGAACAGCCAUCUGAGGCAGAGAAGAGAGAAGUUGAACAAACGGAGGACAAGGCAUCCUCGGUUCCCUGGGGGAUGGUGCACCCCACUGCCUUCUUUGAUGCAGCUUCGUUUGUUUGUGAGACUGGGCAUGAAGGCGGGCCGAGCGAGGAACGGCGGACGCCAGGAGAGGAGAAGAAUCCAGAAAAGAGUAGUCGCCAGGCCGCAGGAGUGACGGGCGACGAAGGGAAGGCCGGAGCAACUGUGAGUCCAAACGAAGGCGCCGCUGGAGGAAAACCCUCUCCGAGUCUAUGCGAGGAUGAAUUUGAGAGACCAAGCUGUACCGUAUGUACACUGACUCUCGAGGAAGGCGAUUUGAGCAUCGUUCUACCGUGUGGUCAUGUUUUCCACUGGCAGUGUGCACAUGCGUGGCUUCGGUGUAACAGCACGUGCCCGAAUUGUCGGGCCGAUAUAAAUGUGCUUCUGAAGCGUGAUAACGGGGAAGGAAGUGAGAGCGGAGUUGCCUCGCGAUUGCGAAGGAGUACAAGGGAACGUCUUCAAAGCGACCGCCAGGGUACAGACUGGCACCGCAGAAGUACAGUCGGUGAACAGGAAAACAGACCAGGAGGUCUUGGGGACGCAUUUCGUAGCUGGUUCGGUAGCAUUCUCUCGUGA